AAGCCACAGCACCGCUCAAUUCAUCCAUAGCGACUAUGGUGGACGAGCUGCUCGACCAUAUGCAUCUUCACCGACGUUUUAGCUGUAAUACUCAUAAAAAAUGUAAUUUAGUUUGAUCUUAUUUGUGACAGAUUGUCAUGUAACAUAGGCCGCAUUGCUGGAUUGGAGUCUGUUGCUAGGCGGACAGGAAUAAAGCCUAUUUAUUAUUAUACACUUAUUACAUUGUAACUGGGAGGAGUGUUAAAGCCUCACAUUGCUGUUUAUUCAAAUACUGAACUGUGGAUUUUUUUUUACAUCUGGAGAAUGGAUGCAGAUGGAGGGGAUGGAGGCCUUGAGAUUAAAAUUGUUUCACCGGAACUUUACGACUCGGCCCGGGCAAAAAUCGACGCCAACGUACGCUGGCUCUUUGCCAAAGCUUAUGGUGAAGAUCAUGUCCCGGACGAUUUGAGAGACCCGUUCUACGUGGACCAGUAUGGUGUUGAGCACAUUAAGCCUCCCGUGUUGGAGCUGCUGCUCUCAGCUGAGCUCUACUCCCGUGUGUGUUCCUUCCUCUCGCUGGGCGAGCAGUCGACCACACACCACACACACCACUCGGUCCUGCAGGUGCUUGCCCGUCAGUCCAUCCAAGUCCUGGAGCAUGAUGGCACGCCAGUUACACACCACGACCUCAUCUCUGCCCCCAUCAGAAUGAGCUCCCACAUCCCUCUGAUUGAUGCUCUGAUGCUGGCAUGCACAAUGGAGAUGAUGAGUGUAGAGCAGGUGGUGUCAUGUCUUAAACGCUUCUCUACAUUUUCCCCCACCAAAGAGCUUGAGCGGCCAUGCCACUUGGAGGAAGCUAUGCUCUUCUGGAUCAACAAGGUUAUUUCAAGAACUCGUGAGAUCUGUGAAAAGGAGUUUAAACUGAAACAACAAUUAAUGGACUCACCAUGUCAUCAAAAGUCUCCCUCCAAAUGGUACUGGAAGCUCGUGCCUGUACGUUACCGUAGAGACCACGUGUCCAGUCGUAUUCUCCCUCACCUGCCAGUGGUGGAGGAUCUGAUGAAAGACUUGAGUGACGGUGCUGCCUUGCUGACCAUCAUCCAUUACUACUGCCAUGAAUACAUGAGAAUAGAGGAUAUCUGCUUGAAAGAAGUUUUGUCACUCUCUGACAGUGUGUAUAAUAUUCAGCUCCUAAGUGAGUUUUCCAAUGAGUAUCUGAACCGCUGUUUGUAUCUGCGAACUGAAGAUUUGCUGUAUGCUCCACCAGUGUUAAAGCACAAUGUGAUGGUUUACAUAGCAGAGCUGUUUUGGUGGUUCGAGGUGAUGAGACCAGACUUUGUGAAACCCAAAGAUCUACAAGACAUCAAAGAAGUGAGAGCCUUGGCACAGCCAAAAAGCUUCCGCCCCCACAUGACUGUUUCAAACUUUGCAAAGCGUAGCUUCUUAAGCUCCUCCCCCUCAGUGGACUCCUUGGCAACAGGCGCAGUUAAUGACACCUGUACCAGGUAUUAUCGCCCUCUGGAGGAAUCUGCAUCUGUUAACAAAGCAAGCGCCACAUACUCGCUCCUUUCACUGAAACAGAGACAGCAGACUCCGGUCCAGGGGGAGGACCCAACAGAGUUCAGGAACAGGUCUAGUUCACUCUCACGCAUGGAUGGACACAAUCCUGGAUCCCGGCUGGCCUGGAUGGAGAGAAGACACAGACCAAUCUCUCAGCUGGAAAUGGAGUGGGAGCGGGUGUGUGGUGACAACAUCAGCUUAGCACGCUCCAUCAGCAAGGACAGUUUAGCUUCCAAUGUCAUCUCUGUGACUCCUCGUCACCAUGUCAACGGUCAGCCUACCCCAGACGCAGCAUACAGUAAUGACAGUGAUGAAAAGGAGGAGGAGCUCAUGGCCAUUAUAGGACUCGGUGGGGUGGGGGGGUUCAGAGAGCCCCAGUCAGAGAGCUUCUUCCAUGAGCCAUUGCAGCCGGCUGUUUUACGACCUAAUAAGGAAAAAAUUUCAGUGGUCAGUAAACGAGAAGAAAGUGGCGAGGGGCAAAGACGAAGAGGGGGGCACUCACCUAUUGACCACACAAUAAUAAACCAAAGUUUCAUGACCAUUGAUACUGUGGAACCAGAAGAUAUAAAUUCUAUGCCAUCUGGUGGUUUCUUCCUACAUGGAAACUGUGAGCUUCCGAGACAUGGAAAACAUGAGUGGGUGAGUGAAGCCUCAGAGUCAGAUAUUGAGGAUGAAGAAGAGGAAGAUGAUAUAGAAGAAAAGGAACUUGAAAGCACUCUAAAGUGCCCAGGUCACCGACAAGAAGACGAAUCAGCAAAGUUGUGCAAGGAUGUGCAAGUGUGUGAGCACAGAGACAAAGAUGGCACCAGUGGAUGUUGUAGCCCAUAUCCAAGCUCAUUUUCACAGGCUAGCAGCACCUCUAGCCAUAUGACCAGCUUUGCAGAGCGAAGAUUGCAUCGCAGUGGUGUGCAUGACAGUUGCAGCAGUGCAAGCAGCUCACAUGCUACCACUCCAGAUGGCUCUGAGUGUGGCACCUUGAGUCCUGAUGUAAAAGGAGGCAUGGCCUCAGACCUUGUCCACCUGCGACUGCAGCUAGAGGAUAAGCGGCGUACCAUCGAGGCUCAUAAAAAGAAGAUGGAGGUGCUGGCGGCACGGCAGAGACUUCAGCUGGGCAAAGCAGCUUUCCUUAAUGUGGUUAAGAAGGGACGCAGCGAUACGCUGCCACAUCCAGGCAAACAGGAAUUAGCUGCAAUGAAAGAGAAAGGACUGACAAAGGAUGAUACGUGCAUGCAAGUUUUGAAGGCCAAGAGCAAGGAAAUUGAGCAAAACCUGGAUAAAGAGUCAAGAAAACUUUGGGAGGAUUCAGCGUCACCUGCUAGCAUAGAGGGGGUUAAUUACAAAGCUGAAGGGGUGGAUGAGGAGGAUGUGUGUGAAGACUUAGAUCUGAGCGAUUGCAGCCACUCAAUUGAGCUUUUGAACGACGCAAUCAGUGUAAUCCAGCAACAGAUGAUGCAACUGUCUGUCCAGCAGGAGCUGCUCAUGAAACAAACCCUGAAGUCUCCAACUCAGGAGCUGCUCAUGAAACAAACCCUGAAGUCUCCACAAGAAUAUGUGAUGAAACCUCAAUUUUCUGAGGCUAAGCCUCAACCCACGGCACAGUUCUUAGAGAUGUCUUCUGCCACACGACGACCUCCCAAAUUAAGCUCGUCACGAAGCAUUCGAACCAAACCUUCAGAGCUUAAAUUUAGCAAGGAGAAUAACACUCGUGCAAGUUCAAAAGUCAGUGCCCGAACACCUACUAGCGAUUCCAGGACACCUCAGGACUGCAGGACGCCCCGAGCAGAGAACGACGAAGAGGAUGUGGCCAAAGCAACUGGACGCACCACUGUCAGAAGUGUGGCACGAAAUACCACAUUCCGUCUCCCUGACUCUGGAAACCAAAAGUCUGGAGGUCUAGAGUUGCCCAAACUAGAAUCACCAGAAGUGGAAGCGCAAAGUGGCUCAGUGAAAGAAACCAUUGAGGAUCAGUGUGAGGAGAAGAAAGCCCAGUUGAUCGAAGUAGCCCUGUCUGAACUGACUGAUGCAACUGACUCUGGCGAACAAAAAUCAGGACUGGGAUUUUUCUUCAAGGACGAUCAGAAGGCGGCGGAUGAGCUGGCUAAGAAGCGUGCUGCCUUUUUGCUGAAGCAGCAGAAGAAGGCUGAGGAGGCACGUCUUCGCAAGCAGCAGGGGGAGGCAGAGUCUGAGCUUAAACGAGAUGAGGCCAGGCGUAAGGCAGAGGAAGAGCGGAUGCGUAAGGAGGAGGAAAAGGCACGCAGGGAACUAAUCAAGCAGGAAUAUCUGCGAAGAAAACAACAGGAAUUGAUGGAAGAACAGGGUGUGACUAAGCCACGGCCCCAACGCAGGCGGUCCCAUCCCAAAUCACACCAUCGUGGCCAAUCUGGCACCACCACCCCUGUACGUUUAUGUGCUGCUCCAUCUGGCUCCUCUCUUUCUUUAGCGUCUGCUGUUACAGAAGCAGACAGCGUUACCUCCGGCGGGGGCUCACAGAGAGGUGGAGGUGAAUCUGUGGAGUCGUUUCCUAUGUUAAGCCGCAAUGCUAGCAGGAACAUGGAGAGAGACUGGGACAACGGUUCAACAGCUUCCUCCAUCACAUCUACAGCAGAAUACAGCGGCCUGAGGUUAUAUAAGGAGCCCAGCGCUAAGUCCAAUAAGCUGAUCAUCCAGAAUGCCAUUGCCCACUGCUGCCUGGCUGGCAAGGUCAACGAAGCCCAGAAGAAUGCUGUGCUAGAGGAAAUCGAGCGCUGUGAGGCCAAUCACCUGAUGAUCCUGUUCCGUGAUGGUGGCUGUCAGUUCCGGUCACUUUAUGCGUUCAUGCCUGACACUGAGGAGCUGACAAAGCUGUCAGGGACCGGCCCACGCUCCAUAACUCACAAAAUGAUUGACACGCUCUACAAAUACAGCUCAGACCGCAAGCAGUUUACCGUCAUUCCGGCCAAGACGGUCUCAGCCAGUGUGGACGCCAUCACCAUUCACAACCACCUGUGGCAGCUCAAAAGACAAUGCUCAUCCAAGAGGAAAUAAGAAAAUAAAGUUUUUUUCUCGCAUUCCUAUUGGCUUCUGAAUUAAGCUUCCUUAUUGGUCAUCUUCUAUAAGCUUCAGGGUCAGUGUAGCUCCACUCUUAAUGGCCCACCAGCUGCAUCACCGUCUAUAACAUAUUGCAGCUCAGGAGGCUCAGUAACUCCAAGAGGAAGUGACACGAUCAUUUCUUGCGCGCCUAUUAACACUGGAAUUGUGCUUCCUUAUUGACUGUGUCCUAUUAGCUACUGCUCCACUCUUCACUGCAAUACUGACUGCAGGUGAUGCAUCGGGUGUGCACGAUGGGUGUGUCAGUGCAGGUGAGCAUCACCGUGAAGCCAAGAUUUCUUAAAACAGAGCUGCGGAACCAUGAUAUCACCGCGCUGCCUUGAUUUGCAUACAGAAACCUUAACUUCGCCCUCGUUGGUCACAUGACCCUCAAUAUAUGAGCACACCUGGCACUGAAGGGAUGGGGCAUAUGUUUGUCAGAGAGUGUUACAGCAGAAUAUGACGAAUGUGUUUUAUUUUGUUUAGUGUUUUUUUUUACGGCAGGUAUUUCUGCAUGUGGCACUUUUCAGUUCGGAAAGAGAUGGGUUCAUUUCUACUGUAGUGUUAUUUCACCUUGAACACACAUACACAUUCUCUUGACUUAUCACACUGAAAAGUGUGUGUCUGUGUGCGUUGGGUUUUGUUACUUCUAUGCUGCUGAUUUUGACCAGCGCUAUGUGCAAAACUGCAAAAGCACAUGAAAAAGUGUGUGUGUGGUUGGAUGCUGAAUUGAAGUCUGUACUGGCCUUUGUGGAUUAUUUAAUCACAGUUUAAAGCUUUUAUCAUAGGACAGGAAUGUAUUUGUGUUGGCUGUUUGAUUUGUUCACCACUUCACACCGUCCUCCAUUCAGUGUUGUCUGUCCUUUUUUCAGUGGCCACUGACAGUAUUGAUGUACUUCUGCAGUUCUUUACUGAGCAACAUGAUUGUCAUGGAAACACUCUAGUGUGUGUGUGUUUGUGUGUGUGUGUGUGUGUGUGUAUGCACUCCUUUGUUAAUGUAAAUGUAUAGACAGUAAGACAUUUGCUUUACUUUUUCUUUUAUUAUUUUUUCACAUAUUUAUUUUAAAGAGGAGCCGGGAAAAAUAAUAAAUUAUUCAAGCAAAG